AUGGCCUUGCUCACAGGUGUCGGUGUCCUAUCUUUCGUUCUUGGAAAAGCUCUUGCUCAGUCUGGUAUCAUCAGUCCUCUUGCUCAGGCAUGUCCUAGCUACUCAAACAACACUGAUGUGGUCUGUAUCAACCGCUAUGCCUCGGCUAUGCCACCAUCUUUUGAACGACAAAGCUCAACUGGAGGAGCGUUCUCUCCAAACGACACUUUCGUGGACACCCAGGUGCCCUCCGAUCCUUCUUUCCAGCUUGUAAAGAAUGCAACUUUCGUCGUUUUUGACGAGCGAGGGAGCCAAAUUCUCGGACCUUGCCCUAAGCUGGACCAUAUUUUUGCUAGUCGGAACGACUCUAUUCACGAAGGGCCAGUAUACGUUCCUACUUUAGACGCUAUCAUCUUCUCGCUGCCCCACCAAGGGAUUUAUCAGCAACAGAUCAUCCAUCUAAAUGACUCGACACCUCGCUUGGACAACUACACUACCACCCCUCCUGUGUAUGCAGUGAACGGAGGCAAGCUCUUCAACGGCAAGGUUUACUGGGCUGUUGAGGCAGGUUUCUCCUUCCCUUCUCCUCAGAAUGGAUCGCUGGUUGCCCAAAGACCCGGCAUCUAUCAGCUUGAUUCUUCUACCGGCGAGGUCACUGUCUUGCUUAACAACUACUUUGGCCAGGCAUUCAACAGCCCGAAUGAUCUUUGGGUUGACGCUCAAGGUGACAUCUGGUUCACCGACUCCUGGUAUGGCUAUGCCAUCAACGUUACCGAAUACCCGGUGCUGCGACCAGCGACCUACCGUUUCAGACCUUCUACUGGACGUGUCUCGAUUGUUGAGGACAGCAUUGCUCAGCCCAAUGGUAUUGGCAUGUCCCCAGAUGGUCGUACCAUGUACAUAAGCGACACUGGCGUGACGGACUUUGCGAACUAUCCCGCAGAUGGUCCUCUGCCUCGCUACACCUAUAACGCCCUCGGUGGCAACUCGCUCUACGCCUUUGAUGUUGUCGCUUCGCCAGCUGGAUCAUACAUCACGAACAAGCGUCCCAUCUACUUGGCUCAGACGUUCGGAGACGAUGGCUUCCAUGUUGCUCAGAACGGAUACCUGCUGGCGGCCGAAGGUGGUGGUGUGACUGUGUUGAGCGCGUAUGGAGAAAUGCUUUUACGCAUUGAGACUGGCUUCACAGUCAACAAUAUCCAAUUUGCUGGUCCUGAAAGAAAGGAUUUAUGGAUUUUCGGUGAAGGUCCGAUCAGUCGUGUGACUUGGGAUCUUGUCGGCAUGGCAAACGAGUGA